AUGGCGACGAAGUGCUUGCCAUUUACAUUGUACUUACAGGGAAAUAGUUUUUUAAUUAUAAUAUUAACUAUUAGUCAAAUUUGUGAGUGGGCAGGUACAAAGGUUCUGCAGGUUCCUGUAGAAAGGAAAUUUGUAGAAGGAGAGAGAGUUUUGAAGGCUGGACAUACAAUUAGAUGUGGUAAAAAUGUGGAAUCAGAUGGAAAGGUCUCAUUUACAGCACUGUGUUUACAAACAUCAAAUAUAAGACUUACUUCGCAUGAAAUUAAAGGAGAUGUAAAUUCGAAAGGUAUAUUAUCAUGUAUCUGUUCUUAUAAAGCAGGAUUAGGAGAAAAAUGUAAGCACAUUAUUGCUGUUUUGCUGUACUGCUAUCAGAAUAGUAAUAAAAUAGAAGUCUUAUCAUGUACUGAUAAGGAAUGUGAAUGGAGAAAAAAGCACAAGAAGGUUUUGCAAAAUUAUAAUCCUGCUCCUCUUUUGCAACAUGAAUAUUUCUCUCCUUCACAACCUCCACAAAAAAUUAAAAUUGUUAAGAGUGCUCUAAAAUUAAUAGGAGAAAAAGAUAAAGAGAGAGAAGAGACUGAAGAAGAAAUAAAAGAAUCAUUAAAAAAACAUGAUGCCUGUCAUACAAAAGCUAAGAGGAAAAAAGAAGUCCUUGCACUUUCUCUGGUAUAAGAACUGGAAUUAAAAAUAUACAAAGAUCUAUCUGAUUCUGCUUUAACUAAACACAUGUCAGGACGACACACACUAGUAAGCACAAAGAACAAAAGUAAAACUAAUAAUAUUGAAAAAGAAAUUAUUCAAUUAUUUUUAAAUUUCAAGACAGUAUA